GGGCUCCACAGCCAGACUAGCGUAGGAUCAUCUCCGCCAGACAAACAUCCAAGCAGCGGUGAAACCUCUGGACCGUUGAACCGGAGAAACCUGCAAACACAUUUCACCUCAACCACCGAGACUUCGCGUCUUUUAGAAGCCGCUCAUCAUGAAUCUGGAGCCGCCCAAGUCCGGGAUCAAGUCGGCCACCCGCGUGACCGGGGGCCCGGCCACGCCGCGCAAGGGCCCGCCCAAGUUCAAGCAGAGGCAGACCCGCCAGUUCAAGAGCAAGCCGCCCAAGAAGGGGAUCCAGGGCUUUGGCGACGACAUCCCCGGCAUGGAGGGUCUGGGCACAGACAUCACCGUCAUCUGCCCCUGGGAAGCGUUCAACCACCUGGAGCUUCACGAGCUGGCGCAGUACGGAAUCAUCUGAGGAGGCUAGCGGGCUAACGCCGGCUAGCGGGCUAACACCGGCUAGC